UAUGUCAAAUUUUUGGUGUCGCUUUCUCGCUGUGAAUACUCGGCCCUACGGGGCGACCACAUCGAUUGUGACGUAUUCCAUUCAUCAGUCCUACUUAUAGCAGCCUCUCAGCCCACCGAACAUCCCUACUCGUCGCCUCGUUUCACUCACAGACGCCAUUUCUUCUUUUUUCCCUCACAACAUCUCACUCAACGCAUCUCAACGCGUCUGAUUCGAAAAGUUCGGGAUAUCGUCGCUCUCUAUGGCUGCUCUCGAGCGAAUCAGCGAGCUCGACGAGCUCUACACGAACGGACGGGCUCGCAAUGUCAACGAGGUGGUGAGCAUCGAGUGUCUGCUCGACAUGCUCCUGCUGCUGCACGAGGAAUGCUGCGAGAGCACUCAGCGUCGAGAGCGGAACUUCUCUGAGUUCGUCAGUCUCAUGCGCGCGGUCGUUGAACGAAUUCACGCGUUACGUCUCAGGAAGGACGACUUUGAGACUCUGAAGAUUAUCGGACGAGGAGCGUUCGGGGAGGUCCAUGUUGUGAGAUUGAAAGGCACGUCAAAUAUCUAUGCGUUGAAGUCACUGAACAAGUGGGAAAUGUUACGAAGACAAGAGACGGCAUGUUUUCGUGAAGAGCGGGACGUGUUGGUAUUUGGUGACAGAGACUGGAUCACAAGCUUACAAUACGCUUUCCAAGAUGAAAACUAUCUGUAUCUUGUGAUGGAGUAUUACUCAGGAGGAGAUCUUCUCACACUUCUCAGCAAAUACGAGGAUCGUCUACCCGAGGAGAUGGCGAAGUUCUAUCUCGCCGAGAUGGUGCUCUGCAUCGACUCGGUCCACAAGUUGGGUUACGUCCAUCGUGACAUCAAACCCGACAACUUUGUCAUCAACCGUUACGGACACCUCAGAUUGGCCGACUUUGGGUCAUGCAUGAGACUAAGAGAAGAUGAGACGGUGCAGUCGUCUGUUGCUGUAGGCACACCUGAUUAUAUCUCUCCUGAGAUACUGAGAGCGAUGGAGGACGGACAAGGAUGUUAUGGUGUGGAAUGCGACUGGUGGUCUCUAGGAGUGUGCAUGUACGAAAUGCUGUUUGGAGAGACCCCGUUUUAUGCGGAAUCGUUGGUCGAUACGUACGGAAAGAUCAUGAAUUUUAAGAAUAGUUUCCAGUUUCCUGAUGAUGUUGAUGAAGAGGAAGUUUCGCCAUUAGCGAGAGACGUCAUGAAAAGUCUUUGUUGUGAAAAAGAGAAACGACUCGGCCAGAAUGGCGCAAACGAUCUCAAGACUCAUCCAUUCUUCGAAGGCAUCGACUGGGAAAGUCUACGAAAAUUGACUCCACCGUAUGUGCCGGAGAUCGCUGACGAUGCAGACACGUCGAACUUUGACCACAUAGAAGAGCAACGGACGACGGAUCUUCCUACGGCGCCCAGUGGCCCGGCAACUUUCAAGGGUCAUCAUCUUCCGUUUGUAGGCUUUACGUUCACGAAUAACAGCUGCUUGUCUGAUCUUGCGUCGCUGGGAGGCACGUCACAGAAAGAGACGAUACAACGUGAUGGUAAACAAGCGGCAUUGACGGAUAACUCUGAGUUGAAGAAGGAAAUGGAUGUUCUACGGAAGCAGAACACGGAUCUUAAACAGCAACUAAACGAUGCUGUUUCAGCGACCACGUUUAGUAAGUCUGCGACUCCGACAUGUAAUGGUCUGGAUGUUACACCGUAUCCGACGUCACCUAAUGAGGUGCUCGCUAGUAAGUCUGACGAUGCGAAGGAACUCGGAUUGUUGAAAGCAGAAGUAGAAGAGUUGAGGAAGAAGCUGGAAGAUGUCAACCAGUUGAAGAACGAAAGUGACACUAGAUUGAAAGAUUAUGAAAAACAACAGGAAGAAAUGACUUCCAACUUUGAAGAGGUCUCAAGGAAAGUGAAAUUGAUGGAAAAGACAAACAAGAGCGCCCAGCAAGAAAAGCAAGAUCUUGACAAAGAAGUGGAAGAACUUCAGUCUAAGCUCGCAAGUCAACAUAAAGACCUGAAAGACGUGCAGGCACAGAGAAGACAAAUAGCAGCUGAACUAUCAGACAGCACUGACAAGUUGUCUGAUGCGAGAGAUCAGAAACUGAAGUUACAGAAAAUGAUUCGAGAGAAAGAAGAGGAGAUUGAGGAUUUGAUGGCAAAAGUUGAUUCUCUUAGGCAAGAAAAUCGCAGCAGUGACAAGAAACGGAGAGAGCUUCAAGUCCAGUUAGAAGACAGUCAGUCUGAGCUGUUGCGAGAAAAGAGAGCUCAUCAGAGAAUUGAGCAGCAAGCGCAACAACUUGACAAGGAAGUCUCAGCUCUAAAGGCCAAACAGCCAGCUGUUCGAAGUGUGUCGUCACCCGACAGAGAACUGCAGGUGGAAGUGAAACGACUGAAGGCGAGUCAGCAGCAGCUUCGAGACGACUGCGACGAGACCGUACGGAAUCAGUCUGUCAAGCACUCGGCAGAGACUGCAGCUUUGAAUGAUCAGCUGCAGCAUGCUGAAGGGCAAGUACAGAAUUUUCAAAAGGAAGUGCAAGAGUUGCAGACGAAGUUGGUGAAGCUGAAGAGAAAGAGGUGUGUGGGACGGGUCGUUGUUGUGAGAGGGUGAUGCAUCUCUUAGUAUGUAAGAUUACUGUGUUGAGAGAUGGGUCUUUUUAUGCAUUGGAGGGAUGCAUCUCUUGGUACAUUAGGGUAUUGUGCUGGAGUCUUGCAUCUUGGUGUAAGCAUCGACUCGAGAUGUAGCUGUCAGGUUGUUGGUAAUAAGUGUUGCUGCAUUUGCAUU